GGAUCAAAAAAUGUCCGCCAUCCAUUAUCGGAGUCGGCUUCGAUAUAUAAAUAGAGAUCGUCCGUUUCCGGGUGCACUAACUUCUUUUUUCCAUUUUUUCCAAUUGAAACCUUAUUUCUGAACAAUAACAACACCAUAACCUGUGAAUGGGAGCCAAAAUCUCACGAGAAUUACAACGUUCUGAACACACCGAACAACAUUUCGAAGAAGAUUACGACCAUAGAGUCGUACGGAAACUCAUUCGUACGGGUCGACUAGCUCCUUGUUUCAACGGUUUAAGUGAGCUACCGGCCACGACGGACGAAUCUUCUCGUAUCACUGUCCACAAAUACCCCUUUUUACCGUGGGAUCUUCCAAACCUACGAUCCACAGCAGCAGGAGCCCUUCUGCAAGCUGAUAGCGGUCAAGUCGUUGAAUGUCCUAUUUGCUUAUUGUAUUAUCCUAUUCAUAUUAAUUAUUCACGAUGCUGUAAUCAACCUAUCUGUACCGAAUGCUUCUUACAGAUGAAGCGAUCUACCAAGACACCUCUGCGACCUGCAUCGUGUCCGUUCUGUGUCAAACCUGACUUUGGCGUCAUAUAUGUUCCACCCCCGUUUAGCAGCCAGCACAAGCAUGUUGCUAAGCAACGACAGAAAUCUCUUUUGGACGGAAGGGGUUCAUCGGGAAGACGGAAAAACUAUGCUUGGGAUGAUCCAAACGUAGUAUUAGUUGGUACGUGUUGUUGUUUUUAUUAUUAUAAAAGACGAAAAGAAGUGUAUUGGGAUUGACUCGAGUUUAUAUUGCAACAACAAUAAUUAUAGAUGAAAUCCGUCCCAACUGGCACAUGCUGAUGGCGCGCGGUCCAGAGAAAACUCUUUCUGGCGUAGGCACAACAAGACGACGACUGGUCCGACCCAACGAAGAUGCGCCACGAUCAGGACGUAUACGCGCUUGGGAUUCG